GAAACGAAGGGAUAGGUAGUUUGAUUUACGUAGCCUAAAACGUCGGCGUUUAGGGCAGCCAACCUCAUUCCACCAACUGAUCGCCUCUCUCAUCGUAGGUUGAGUCACCGGCUGCCCUUUCACUCCCUCGACGAGUCCGUCACUCUCCCAAAAAUAUUUCUUUUCUUCAACUUCUCCUGCCUUUAAAAAUAAAAAUAAAAAUUAUCUUUCACUAAGCCCCCCAUUUCCUUUCCUUUACUCUUCUUCAUCUUUUCCGCCCAAAAAGAUGGAAGCCUCCCCUGCCCUUUCUCGCAUAGGUCUAGCGGGCCUAGCCGUGAUGGGUCAAAACCUGGCCCUAAACGUCGCUGAAAAAGGCUUCCCAAUCUCCGUCUACAACCGCACCACCUCCAAAGUCGACGAAACCUUCCAGCGAGCCCAAGAUGAAGGCCACCUCCCACUUUUCGGCCACUACUCCCCUCGUGAAUUUGUCCUCUCAAUCCAACGGCCCAGAUCUGUCGUCAUCUUAGUCAAAGCCGGCUCACCUGUUGAUCAAACCAUUGCCUCUUUAUCCGACCACAUGGAACCCGGUGACUGCAUCAUCGAUGGUGGUAACGAGUGGUACGAAAACACCGAGAGAAGAAUCCAAGAAGUUUCUAAUAAGGGUCUUCUUUAUCUCGGUAUGGGCGUUUCCGGAGGCGAAGAAGGGGCCCGCAACGGCCCAUCGUUAAUGCCCGGUGGAUCUCACCAAGCCUAUUCCAAUAUUAAAGACAUUCUCGAAAAGGUGGCGGCCCAAGUCGAAGAUGGACCCUGUGUUACUUACAUUGGCGAAGGAGGAUCAGGUAAUUUCGUUAAAAUGGUUCAUAAUGGAAUUGAAUACGGUGAUAUGCAGUUAAUUUCUGAAGCUUAUGAUGUUCUUAAACAUGUUGGGGGGCUUUCGAAUGACGAGUUAGCGGAGAUUUUCGCAGAAUGGAAUAAGGGAGAGCUUGAAAGUUUCUUAAUUGAGAUAACAUCUGAUAUUUUUAGAGUUAAGGACGAGCUGGGUGAUGGGUAUUUGGUGGAUAAGAUUUUGGAUAAGACUGGGAUGAAAGGGACUGGGAAAUGGACUGUGCAGCAAGCUGCUCAGUUGUCUGUUGCUGCUCCUACGAUCGCAGCUUCAUUAGAUUGUAGGUAUUUGAGUGGGUUGAAGGAGGAGAGAGAGAAUGCUGCUGGGGUUUUAAAAGAAGCUGGAUUGAAAGAGGAAGUUGGGAGUUUAGCACAGGUGAUUGAUAAGAAAAGAUUGAUUGAUGAUGUUAGGCAAGCUUUGUAUGCAUCAAAGAUAUGUAGUUAUGCUCAAGGGAUGAAUUUGUUGAGAGCUAAGAGUGUUGAAAAAGGGUGGAAUUUGAAUUUGGGAGAAUUGGCUAGGAUUUGGAAAGGUGGGUGUAUCAUAAGGGCUGUAUUUUUGGAUAGGAUCAAGAAGGCUUACCAGAGGAAUCCCAAUUUGGCUAGCUUGGUUGUGGACCCCGAGUUUGCUAGGGAGAUGGUUCAAAGGCAAGCAGCUUGGAGGAGAGUUGUGGGGUUGGCUAUCUCUGCUGGGAUCAGCACACCAGGAAUGUGUGCCAGUCUUGCCUAUUUUGAUACCUAUAGGCGUGCAAGGCUCCCAGCCAAUCUUGUGCAGGCUCAGAGGGACUUGUUUGGGGCGCACACUUAUGAGAGGAUUGACCGUCCAGGUUCAUUUCACACGGAGUGGACAAAGCUUGCUCGUAAGAGUAAUGCUGGUGUUGGUGCACUCAAUUGAGCUUUUAUAGUUUAGUUUGUUUCACUCUGGUUUACUUAUUUGUUUCAGUUGAGCAUUGGCUAUAUUUCUAUGUUGGAAUAGGAUUCUACCUCAGCAUAGCAGUGAUUUUCAGUCUUGCAGUUUUUUUCUGUUAAUAAAAUGCAUACCUUUUGAGAUGGUA